AUGAAGCGAAAACAGCCUCCGGGGACACCCGAGAAGACGCUGCGUGUCUUCCAGACGUCCGGUGAAGAGCUCGCUUCAAUAUGUGCAGACGAUGUGGGCAGUGUCCAAGAACUCAAACGUAGAUUGGACGGCCUCUGUGGGGUGCCGCGAUUUAGGCAGAGGCUCCUUCACGAGGGCGUCGUCUUAGAAGAUGCUAUGAGUCUCGAGUCUUCUAUGGACGUUCAACUGGUGUUGUUGAACUUCUGCGAGGCCACGGAGGAGCAGGAAGAGGAGCUGCUUGUCGCCGCCAAUUCCUUCGAUGCUGCUCGAGUUGAACGGAUACUUCAGCGACCCCAGAGCCCGGAUACUAGUCUUGAGGCAGCGACGCCGCUCGGCGAGGCAUGUAACAAUGGUGAUAUAGACAGCGUCCGUUUGCUUCUGGAGGCCCGGGCAGAUGUGGAUGCUUCAGACAACGACAAUGACACGCCUCUCUUGCAAGCAACUUUUCACGGCCAUGUGCAUGUUGUUGAUGCUCUACUGGAGGCCAGGGCUAGCACAGAAUCGAUGCAAGACGAUGACUCGACUCCUCUUUCCGUGGCAGCUUGUGAAGGUCUCGAAAGCCAUCAGGAGAUUGUUCGCUUGCUGCUGCGGGCACGGGCGGACACUGAAGCCAGAAAUUGCGACAACGAGACGCCUCUUUUCGUCGCUUCCGAGUUUGGCAAUGAGUCCGUGGUGUCUUUGCUUUUGCAAGCCCGGGCAAACCCACAUGCAGAAAACCACAUAGGUCGCACGCCCAUGCUGGCAGCCAGUACAGAAAAUCACGCAGGGAUCGUACGCCGACUUGUGCAAGCUUUAGGAGGGACUGAAUCGGAUGGUGCCCCUCUUCGUGUGGCGGUAAAGUAUGGCCGAGUGAAAGUCUUGCGGGUGCUGUUGGCAUGCCGUGCCGACCUGGAAGCAAGAGACCCGUUUGGGAGAACGGCAUUAUCCCUUGCCUGUCGUCGUGGAAAAGAAGACAAUUCCUGUGACCGCGUAGUGCAACUGCUGGUACAGGCCCGGGCCGACACAAAUGCGGAAGACGAUGACGGUCUAACGCCUCUUUGGCACGCAGUUCGCCGCGGCACCUUGCGACAGGAUACGCUGUUGGCACGACUGAACGCACGUGAAGCAGACCUUGGAUACGGCGAUGCACCGAACAGAGAGGCCGUGGUGGGCCCUCCGCGCCCGGGUACUUCGCGAAGGCUGUACGGUGAAGACCUCCAGACUGGUGAGGCCGAAGCGGCUUCCGUCCUGGAGAAAGCCGAGGAGUCCCAGUUUGAGAUCUGGAAUUUUGGGGAUCUGGACGGUUCCGUGCUGUUCCUGAAGUUCCGAUGUGCCAUGGACCUGACAGCAGCUGCAUGGCUCGUGGAGGGCGCCGAGGUUGAGCGGGAGCUGGAUGACAUCGGAAACAUCUGGAUCCGGGGCCGCAUCACGCGCGUCCUCGACGGCAGACAGCUCGUGGACCUCAGCUACCACGAUGGGACUGGAGAGCAGGAUGUGCCUGUCGCAGACCUCAGACCGCUGCUGCCUGCGGCCUUCUCCCCACCACAGAGACAGAGCGUCUCCCCGACCAAGGAUCGCGGCACUCCGGCACCACCACCUCCGCCGCCAAGUGCUCCAGAGGAGGAGCUGGCACGUCCUAGUCCCAGUCCCUCCCUGACGCAGCGAAUCGCGGCGCUCCGCGCAGAGGCAGGUCUACUGGACCGGAAUGUCCAAACGUUGAAGGAGCGGCAGGAUUCGAGCCUUGCGGCCCUGGAGACUGCGAAUCAGGGCGUUUCCGAGGCGCAGUCGGGUCUGAGCCAGCGGAUGAACUCCGCCAAUGAGUGCUUGUCCGACAUCCAGGGCCUUGUCGCCGAGGCGAAGCGCAUCCUCGCCGAUGCCGCCAGCAACUCCGGGUUUCGUGACCUGGCCGUCCUGGACCGGCUGCGGCAGAGCGUAGGGCGCGCAUCGGGAACUUCGGAGGUCAGCACCAUCGACGGCCACGAGGUCAUUGAGGCCUGGGUUCCGGCCCCGACGAGCUCCCGAGCCACCUGUGCGUUGUGCACCACGCUGCGCCUUAGCGGCUACCCCUGGCCCAACGUGUUGGAGACGGCAGUGGAGUGGGUGCGACACCACCAGGCAUUGGGGUUUGACCCAAUCCUGAUCUUCAUAGAUGAGCCGGAUCCUUCAAAAACGAGCUCUUUGGCAUCUGCGCUGGUAGAGAGCGGUCUCUCCGCGCACCUUUUCGCCGAGGAAGAAAUGCGGACUGGCUGGCUACAGGCUGGUCUUCUCUGGGAGGAAUUUGGGCAUCAAGUCGAGACUGAGCUCAGCGCGAAGCAGAUCCUGAACUGCUCAAGUGCACUCCGUUUCUGCCGUUCCUGCCAAGAACCAGCUCAAUGGCUUCUGAGUGCAGACCUCGACGAAGCAGUCGUCCUCGAUGGCGAUGUUGCAAGUCACUUCGGGUCUAUUCCUGGCAAUGUUGGCCAGGUUGUGUACACAAACCACGAGGCAGUGACCGGUGCAGACGCGGGCUCCACCUGGUUCACGCAGGUGCAGCAGUUCAAGAUCUCGCCUUUGACCAAGCUGCCCUUUAUGGCCCGGCGGUUCCCGGAUCACGAUGAGGAGCCGCAGAUCCUGGAUCAUCCUGAGGGCAUUGGCGAGAAUACCCUCGCCUACUGGAGGGCGCAGAACGCACGCCUCGCGGAACAGUUCAACUUCCGAAAGCGAGCCGCGGGUGCGAGCUGCAGCUACUUCGAUGGAUACGUCCGCGGAAAGGCCGCCGUCCGGCUCGAGGCGAUCAACGAAGCAUCGAGGCCUGGUGUGCACCGGUGGCUGGAGCUUUCUCCUGGCUUCAGCACCGUGGUCACCCAUCCGGGCAGUGCCUCCAUUCUCCACUACCUCAACUGUGGAGGACUGGAUUGGUUCGAAGCCAAGUACCAAAUCCGCGGCUCGGAGGAAGCCAAUCGCCUUUGGUUCCAUGUCCUCGCGCAGGAGCGGGCGAAGAUGGGGCGAGCAGCGCUCAAGGAGUUGUACGAUGAUGUCUUGUCGAUUCCUCAAGCUGCCUUGGACGAGCAGGUCGAUGAAGGCUUCGUUUCCUCCCUCGGGCUGGCGACUCCGUCCAGCCAGGCACUGGCCUCUGCCUUUCGCGGCUUUUGGGGCUGGGCAGCUGUGGGACUCGGGGACGGCUUGUAUGUUCAUAUUCCAUUGGCUUCUGGCCUCCCAGAUUCUCCAGGCCACCUGCCUCUGCAGCAAGGCGUGGAUGCGGCCCAGGGCAUGGGCAAGCCUGUUCGGUAUCUCUUGUCUCCUGGGGAGUGCUGUGGUGGCCCCAUGGUUCUGGGAGUCGAGACGCCCGUUCUUUGCGCGACUGUCCCCCCAAGCCAGCGCGGCUCCUUGGUUCUGGACGUGUCCCUGGCGAGUCAACCCACCGCGGAGCGGGGCCUUUAUGUCUGUAUCUCCAAGUCUGCCGAGUCGCAGACAAGCUUCGAGUGUAUGUCUCCGAUAUCCAGCACGAGCUCCGGAUGGCGAUGUCGCAUUUUGACCCACAAGUGGUCCCGCCAGAGCUCGCAAGUCGCUUUCUGGAUAGGCUGUGGUGGCGCCGCCAACUACGAGCCUGGGCCAUUGAGCCAUGCAGCCGGGGUUGUCUUCGAGCCGUUACCAGGUGCUGCCGAGGUCACAGAAGAUCUGACCUUCACCGCCGAGUUGGCCUUUGAACUCGAGUCUGCGACUUUGCCCGAGGGCUUGGAUGUCGCUCACUCCGUGUUCUACACGGCCUACCAGGACAUUGAUGGACAACAGCUCUCCGAUGCCGGGUCGCAGGGCUUCGGCGGACGGAAUUUGGAGCUCACGUAUGCAGAAGUGGAGUUUGCCCCUUUCUGCGCCCUUCUGCAGAGAGUUGCCCAACCUCAGCCAGGAGAGACCUUCCUCGAUCUGGGGAGCGGCACUGGUCGAGCCGUGCUGGUCGCAGCCCUGGGUUUCCC